GAGUGUGUCGAGGUGGGCGCGCCGAGCAUUGUAUCGAUAUUGCGUAUUAUUGUGCUUAAUGAAUUCAUAAAUUGUGUCAGUUGGCAAGUGAAAGUGAUUGGUGAAGCUCCGAAGGGCUGAAUAAAUCCGAAAAAAAACAUGUCAUCAGCUCAAGUAGAUCGUCCCACGAAAGUGGGUCACGUGAACAAAAAAGAAAAUGAAAAAUCACGCAAGCUCUUUACACAAUCCCACAAGAAGCACAAGCAUGACGAUCCUCGUCACUUCAAAUUUGGUCGUAAACGUCUACAAAGUUUUACCGGCAAUGGUAAAUUCUUCCCCCCCUACAAGAGACGAAAGAAAGAAGGUGCUAUUAUACCACCCACCAAGUUCUUGCUCGGUGGUAACAUAUGUGAUCCCCUGAACCUAAACAGUAUGCAAGACGAAGAGAUAAAUCGUGCGAUGAACGCCGUUACCCCGAAAUCGAGUCCCUUGCCAACGCCGAAACACCGAAAGGAGGCGAUUGAAGUUAUAAUUCCACCGAACAUCUGUGACCCUCUGAACUUGACAAACUGCAAUGACAAUGAUAACGAGGAGUAUGAGAAACAGUUGAUCUCGCCGACUAAAAAAGGUUCAAAGAGACGAAACAGAAAGCGAAAGCGAGCGUCAUCAGGCUCUGGAAAAGAAGACACAAACGAGAGUUUAACUGAACCUAAAACAGAAGAUCCACCUGGACUAGAGGCUGCUGUGGCACCUGCAGAGAUGGUUCCAGAUGAGAAGAUAAAUCCACCGGAGAUCGAGGUGCCAACCGUGGAGCCAUCGAGCCCCACGCCAGCUCCACCUCCUCCGAAAGAGCCGAAAGUUGAAAGUCCAGUUAAGGACAAGAAUAAACUACGACUCAAGGGUCUCGAUGAUCUAAAGGAUAAGCGACUGCGCAAAGUAGACGUCAAAGACAAGAUAGUCAGUCCUGUGAUUCCCCAACCUGGCGCUUGGAAGCCGAGACUUCCCCACAGACUAAAUCAAGAUAAGAAGAAGAAGCAGCCACUUCAGCUACCCAAUUUCAGGCAGAAGGACGCGAGAUAUCAGUAUGGAAAUUACGACAGGUAUUAUGGGUACAGGAAUCCACAUCACGACGUUGAUCCGAGGUUGACUGUCUUUGCGCAGAGGAAGGAGAUGUUCUUUGGAAGGGAUAUUCUCGAUAUUGGCUGCAAUAUUGGACACAUCACGCUGUCGGUUGCCCGGGACUUUGCGGCGCACAGUGUCACGGGCAUUGACAUUGAUCGGAAGUUGAUUGGAAUUGCAAGGAGGAACAUUAAACAUUAUGUUAACUGCGUGAGGUCACCUGCGAGUAAUGAGGAGGCGGCCAAUGAGUCCAGGGACUGCGAUGCCAGUUUCUUUCCCAUGUCCAUGCCCAUCAAUUAUGGACCGAUUGAUGUGCCCGGCUUCAGUAAGAACAGAGAUCAUAAGGGUUUUCCUUACAACGUCACGUUUGUUCAGGGCAACUAUGUAUUGGAGGAUGAUGCUCUAUUGACGUCAGAGCAACCGCAGUUCGACGUAAUCCUUUGUCUGUCAAUAACAAAAUGGAUCCACUUAAAUUUCGGUGAUGCUGGACUGAAACAGGCAUUCAAGCGAAUGCAUGCACAGCUGAGACCCGGUGGUGUGCUUAUACUCGAGUCCCAAAGUUGGCCGAGUUAUGGGAAAAAGAAGACAUUAACUGAGAGAAUCUACAGAAAUUAUCACAGCAUUGCAUUCUUCCCUCAAAAAUUCACUCAAUACCUCCUCUCAGCCGAAGUUGGUUUCACAAAGUGCGAAGUUGUCUCGAUUCCCCCUCACCCAUCCAAGGGUUUUCAGCGUCCAAUUCAGUUAUUCACAAAAGCAGGAACAAGCCCAGCUCCAACGACAACAGUGAGAUUCAUCGGCAGACAGAUUAAAAGGAGAGACACAGAGAGGCGUGCAUUUGAGCGUGACUUAUUUCCACGUGAAUUUCCAAGAUGUGGAAAUUUAUCGGAAUUGAGUCAGCGGAGUGUCGAGUCAUUGAGUCAAUACGAUCAAUUCGAGAACGUCUAUGCCCCCAGUACAACCCCCUGUUACGACACACCGAGUCACAAUAAUGACAGUCAGCCUGCGUUUGAGCCUGAGAAGAUGUGUUACACAGAUGUUGGAAUAAGGCCAAAUGAUCAGGAGGGAAAGGAGGGAUGCAAGAAAAAAAUUAACGAGUCCACAACGAAGAGUGAGGAUCAGAGUGAGGAGGGGGUGAAGAGGAGCUGUCAUUUCUCACAGUCAACUGGGCAAGCAACACCCGGGGAGAGCGAGGAGAGGGGAGAGGGUGAGAUGGACACGAGUAAAUAUGAACUGACAACCGACAACACAUAAAUAAUCGUUGACACUGGGAAACCACUGUUCUGGAAAUAUCGAGGUGCAGGGGUGGGAAGCAAUGAGGAUUUCAUUACUGAGGAUCAUUUUUAGUAAUAAGUUUUCUUUCGGUUUGAGGAGGAGGGAGGGGAACAGCAGCCGCUGGGGAACGUGCAGCUAGUCGAAAUUCAUUUUCCGCAUGUUCUGGGGAUAUAUUCAUGAUCAAUGAUGAGGUUUUCGAGGAAAUUCUGCGUUGAAGGGGUUCGGGGUAACGAGUCGAUUUGGGUCGCAAUGACGAGUAUUUUUCUGAGGAAAAACAUUAUUUUUGCUGAAUAUUUAUUUACUUGAGAGAAGCAUUUAUUUGUUCAAAAUCGUAUUUUUCCAAUUGAGUCAUUCCUAAGCGAGCCUGAUUACGUUUCAAUUAUUGCAAUCAUGUUGCUCUAGAGGAUGACUAUCUUGCACAUGACACUGGAUAAUCAUUCGAUGAACUCCUCCAAUGAUUAUUCAUUUUUCCUAAAUUUCUUAUUCUCUAGAGGAAAUAAUUUUGAU